AUGAGUGCAGAGUUUAAUAAAGUUACCAGUUUGGUUGCCAGUCAAUUGAAACAAGCUGAAAGAAGGGUUUUGAAAACAGAUCAACAUGAUUGGAAUAAAUUAAAACACACAUCACAAAUAUUGAAACAAAAAAUUAAAUUUGCUGGAGGUUCUUAUACCGUUGAUCAAGAAUUUAAUGAAAUGGAACAAGUAGUGAUUGAUAUGGAUGUUCAAGUUAAGAAAAUGUUGAAAUAUAUCAAGGUAUUCGCUGAAGGUAUGCCUCAGAUUUUAACUAGUUCUAUUAGAAUUGCCGAAGCAUUUCAAAACUUGAUGGAUCCAUACUCAAAUUUGAAAUAUGAUACUCAUGUAUUACAGGGUGCAUUUGACACUUGGACAAGAAUUACUAAUUACAAACACAAGAUUAAAGACGUACAUAUUGAUAUCGAAGUUAACGACUUGACAGAAACGGUUACCAAGAAACUAGAGGACUUUUCGAGUAUCUUGAAAGUGGUUUUCAAAAAGAUAAAUAUUAGACAAAGUUCAUUGCUCGAUUAUGAUAAGGUAUAUAACGAUCACGAAGCAUUGGUUUUGAAGCAAUCACAAUCAGAGCUUACCAUGUCACAGAAUAACAAUCUUUAUGCUUUGAAACGCAAGUUGGAAGAUUAUAAUGCAAAGUAUGAUAAGAUCAACUCGGGAUUAAAGAAAGAAUUGCCAAUAUUCAUAGACUAUGGCAAAAGCCUCAUUGAUAUGAUUCAGAUAUAUGUAUAUUUUGUUCAUUUGACUUUUUGUUAUCAAAUAUCUCUCCAGCUUCAAGUACGUUUCCACGUGGAAAAAGAUAUCAAUGCAAUCAUCAAUGAUUUUACAAAGAAGAAUGAACCUAUCGCAGUUCAGAUAGAAUCUUUGACAUUGAUCAAUAAUCAAUUGAACGAGAAUCGAGAUGUUUCUUCAGGAAAAUCCAAAGUCACCCAUUGUAUUGCCAUGUAUGAUUUUGAAGGUAGUGCAACAAGUGAUUUGACAAUCAAGAAAGGAGAAACAAUUGCUUUAAUUAAUACCGACGGAGAAUGGUGGAAGGGUGAGAUCCAUGGUAAAACUGGUUAUUUUCCAGCAACUUAUGUUAAAAUCGAUUAA